UUGUUUAGACUGAUCAUGAAAUUUGUCUUUGUGGUGAUUAGUAUUUGCGCAGCGGUUAUUUCUCUGGAAGCCAUUAGGCUUGGCGGAAAAUAUGACUCGCUUUGGCAGAAGAUAAAUCCAACCUGUACUCCAUUGAAUGAUGUUAUAACAAAUGCAGUCACAGCUGCGGCAAUAUCAUUUUAUGCUGACCACCCGCGGGGAAAUGAAACUUUCGAUCCGAACAAAGUAAAACCAUUUUCCCCGAGUGGACUUUUCAAGCAUUACUAUGGAGAUGAAGCUUCAACUGUCGAACUCAAAAAAGCACUUUUGCAACUCAUAUAUUCGACAGCAGAACCGGUGAUAGGACCGAUAGAUCGCGAUACAUUGCGCAGGAAUUUGUAUUCGUAUAUUACGGCAGGCAGUAGAGAAUAUGCCCGGAACAAAGCAGGACAACUAUUGAGAAUUAUCAUCGACGAAUAUGGGGAAACGGAAUCUUGGAAGAAUGAUUUAUGUGUUGAAGAAUACAUCUUGAAUGAUGUAUUGGAGGCUAUCGAAGUUGAGUGUUACAGAAUCAGAAAUGAGGUUGGAGACACCGCAUUCAGCCAAUUUUUUGCCUUUGGUGUCGGAUCGACUCUGGCAUUCGCAAUUGAUGAUACCGGAAGUAUGAGUGGUGAAAUUGAUGCAGCGAAACGGCGUGCUCAGGAAAUCGUCCGAUUUACAAAAGGUACACUUGAUGCACCACAAGAUUUUGUUCUUGUUCCUUUUAAUGAUCCUGGUGUCGGUCCUGUAACUGUAACAAACAAUGCUGAAGAAUAUCACCAAGCUUUGGAAAAAUUAUACGCUCAUGGAGGUGGAGAUGCCCCAGAACUUGCAAUGCGGGGAAUUCAACUUGCGAUUGAAAACAGUAGACCUGGAUCUACUAUUUAUGUCAUAUCCGACGUGGAUGCGAAAGAUUACGUGUUGCAGGAUACUGUCGUUGCCCAGGCUCGUCAAAAAUCAAUCGUGGUAACGUUUAUGCUCACUAACAGCAUUAGUAAUUGUGCUAAUGAUGGAGAAUAUAAAAAAUGCAUGCCAUUGUAUAAGCACAUUGCAAAGCAAACUGGAGGAAAAGUUCUCGUAAUAAGUCGAAGCGACAUUUUCCGUACAACAGAUAUUGUUCAAUCGAAUGCUAAACAAGGAGUCAUUUUGCUGAAGCAAGUUACAGUGGUAUCGAAUGCUCAAGAACCCAGCAAUGUGAUACCUUUUUACGUUGAUAGCUCGGUGCAAGAAAUACUAUUGGAAACUCAAGGUCAUUGCGAGCACACCCACGUUAUGAAGCCAGGGUCCGACAAGCAUAUAAAGAUAGAUGGAGACAGGUAUGGUGAUGUAUGGGCGACUAACAUCAAAAUUGCAGGAAAUGAGUCAUCUUCUCUUGGUGAAUGGUCCAUUGGAAUGGAUGUGGAGACAAAAAACUGUUCAGUAAAAAUUCAAGCAAAAACAUCUUUGGGAUUCGUUCUCAAUGUUUUUACUAAGGGAAGGUCAGAACCCGAUGAUGCUUACAAGAUCUCCGAUCACGAUCCGUUUGUUGAGGAAUCGGUAGGUCUUGUGUUGGACGCUUAUGGAUAUGAUGACGAACGUGUUCAGGCUACGGCACUAAAACUUGUCAACGAAGAAGGACGCGUUACAAAGACAAUACCUGUUGCUCACGAUGUAGGAAAUACAAUAACUCAUAUAUUUAAGGAAGGAAUCUCGGAGCUUGGUUCAUUCCGCGUGGUUGUCAAAGGAUAUGACAGCAAAGGUAACGUAUUUGAACGAAUGCAGCCAAAACUAUUAAGUGCGUCUCAUGUUAAAAUAUCUUGCGAUUUAUCAAAACUUGUCUUCAUUGCUGGACAAGAAGCCAGUGCUAACAUCACUUUGGAAAACUUUGGACCGGACGACCAUUUCUUGGUGACGACUUCUGAUGAAAAAGAUGCCUCGUCUUUCCACGGUGGUGUGAAAACUAUGAGAAUCAAGCUGACGAGAGGGGAGGGAGUAACAAAAUUGAUGAGAUUUCGAGUCGAUGAAAGUGUGAGAGACGGCACAGCUAUCAAGAUCACGAUAACUGCAAAAGGAAAAAAUCCCAUGGCUUUUCAGUACACGUUUUGUACGCUUGUUGUCGGCCAAAAGAAACGUCCGAGAAUUGAUGCUUUUGCUAUUAAAACCAACAUUAAUGCAAGAUUUGCAGAAACCGUCGUUACAUCGAUGGUGACAAAUAACGCAGACAUUGGUCGAGAAGCCGAGUUUGACAUUUUGUUACCAAAUGAUGCUUUUAUCACUGGAAUUGUAAUCGAAUUACAAAAUGAAACAAUAGUUGGAGAAAUCGAAGAAAAGAAAAAAGCGAAAAAAGUUUACGACAAGGCGAAAUCCCGAGGUACAGUUGCCGGUCAUGUUGCAGCAAGAGAUACUUCAACGAGAGCGUUUCGAACUAGUAUGUUCGUUGAACCACGACAACAUGUUAAAUUUAUUCUGACAUAUCAACAACUUUUGAGAAGGGUUCGAGGAAGAUACGAAUACUCUCUCGUUCUCAACCCUGACCAACCCAUUCGUCGAUUAACCAUAGAUAUUCAUAUAACGGAAGAAGAUCGUUUGUCAUUUGUUCGUGUUUUACCGAUAAAAACAACACUGACAAAUAUUGUUGAAGAGGAGGCACCAAAGGGAACAUUUAUUACAACAAGUCGUCAUGACACUGCUGCACACAUUCAUUACGCUCCUGAUGUGGCGUCACAAACAAAGUGGUCUCCGAAGGGUAUUUCCGGAAUAUUUACCGUGGAGUAUGAUGUCGCAAGGCCACAAUUAUUUGGACAAGUAUCUGUCGCCAAUGGAUAUUUUGCUCAUUUCUUUGCUCCUCCUGAUCUUCCGCCUACACCAAAGAUCGUCGUGUUUGUUAUCGAUACAUCGGGUUCUAUGUAUGGAUAUAAGAUGGCACAAAUGCAGAAUGCCCUUGCUUCCACAUUGCAAACUUUAAACAAAGAGGAUCGUUUCAAUCUUGUUCUCUUUGGUGACGAAGCCGAACCAUGGAUGAAAGAAUCCAUGCCUCAUGCAGAAGAGUCGACGGUCGAAGACGCAGUCGCCUACGUACGUGAUUCUAAACCUCGUGGCGGAACGAACGUCGUCAGUGCCUUGGAUGUCGCAAUUAAAUUAUUGGAACCAUACAUGCCAGAACUCGAGGUGGAAGUGGAAAGUUCUGGAGUUGAGGAAAAUAUCACCGAUAUUGUGACCCCGCCGAUACUUCUGCCUGAACCAUCGCCACCAGUCAUUAUCGAUCCUUUUCCGGUUUUCCCAAUCGAACCCAGACUUGUCAUAGAAGAAGAUGACAAAGUUGUUGAAAUAUCUGAAGGUCCAUCAAUGGAGGAUUUCAUAGAACAUCAUGAAAGAAUGGAUGGAUUAACAAAACGAUCAGUUGAGCUAGAUCCAAACAUGGAUAACUAUGCUAAAAUGAUUGUUUUUAUGACUGAUGGAAGACCGUCAAUUGGAGAAACUGACACGAAAGUCAUCGUAGACUCAGUGACUAAGAACAAUCAAGAACGUUUCAAUUUACAUACACUAGGAUUUGGUAGUUUGACAGAUUUUAAUUUUUUGACAAAACUUGCUGCUGAAAAUGGUGGAACUGCUAGAAGAGUAUUCGAGGGACUGGAUGCUGACCAACAGAUUAAAAAUUUCUUCGACGAAGUCACUAAACCAGUCCUGCGCGAUGUCUCCAUUGAAUAUCCGAAAGAAAAGGUUGAAAAACUGACGGUAAACACAUUCAGUGUAUUUCACGCUGGGUCUGAAUUGAUUGUUGCCGGUAUGGUUCGACCUGACAACGAUUUAGAAUUGCUAGGCGAGGAAGGCAUGUUGGAUGAUGAAUUAGCGAGACCUUCACGAUCCAUUCAAGCGCAGGUUCGAGGAAAAUCGUUCGACAACGACUUGGAAAUAGAUUUUGACAUCGAUCCAGACAAAGAAUCAGAGAUCAAAGAAUCUCCAAAUCAAAUUCAAAAUUUUACUGAAAAACUUUGGGCGUUCCUACAACUCAAAGAAUUAUUCCUCGAAGCAACGUUGGAAAAUAAUAAAACACUGAAGGAAGAAAUUAAUGCAAAAGCUUUAAAUAUGUCAUUGAAAUAUAAUUUUGUGACUCCUCUCACUUCACUUGUGGUCCUGCGAUCUGAUGAACGGAAGGCUAUAGAAGAAGAAUUAAAGAAAGAAAUAGAAGAACUAAAAAAGAAAAAAGAGGAGGAAAGACUAAGGAAAGAAAAGGAAGAAGCGGAAAGAGACCGUAUUGAAGAAACUGAUGAAUAUGAAUACUUCAUUGAUGGUUUCAGUGCGGCUUGUGAGGGCGACGGAUGCACAGAUUUCGAUGAAGCACCUCCUCGUAUUGCAUUAUCUCGUGUGAUCGCUACUCCGAGGAGGGAUAAAUUAAGGCCAAGGGGUGGAAGUCGUGGAGGAGGUGGGGGUGGUGGAGGAGGAUUCUCGGGUGAUCCUCACUUUAUUAUUCCAAUCCAACCAGGAAUCAACAUCUGCUUUAACUGGGAUGGACAGGAAGACGAGAUCUAUAACUUCAUAUACGAUCCCGAAAGAAAUGUGAUAGUGAAUGGAAUGUUGGUAAAUGCUCCAGCGCCCCUAUCGUCGGGGCGAACUAAAAGAACAUACGUUUCAAGAAUUGGAAUCAUCCUACCGUCAAAGAAGAUACUGAUCACUCCAUGGAACGUUACCAUUAGUAGAAAAGGAUCUGCUGACCUGACUAUCUCUGCAAUGAAUCCAAUUUUUAUCGAAUCGGGAGAUGAUUUCAGUUUAGAAAUCACCGGAGUAUCACAUAUGUCUUCAAUUAUUGAACUUCGUUAUCAAGGAAUGUCAUUCCGGGUUACACUUCAUCGACAAAGACAUUCAAUGUAUCAAAGAGAUCAUUUGGAUUUUGGACUCUCGGACAACCUAAGUUCAAUUAGCCGCCAUUCGGACGGUGUUUUGGGACAAUUUUCUCGUUUAUCAUCUUACUCUAACCACGCAAUCAAAUUAGGAUUGGUCGGAGGCCACUCAAAUACAAGUGAAGAGAAGGUGGAACAUCAGCAGAUGUACAUCAGGGGUAAAUUUAUAUCCGUCGCUAAGCGUACGAUGGAUCUGCCUGGUACUCAAGAAAAAACCGACUGUUGGUAUAUCCAUAAAAACGGAGCACAAGCCAUGCGGAAAAAGAAGCAAGAUUACAGAGUGUUAUCUAUUUUUGACUCUCCUCGCCCUAACUAAGAUUAAUCAUCACAACGAAGGAAUAUAUCUUCAAGAUUAGACUUGUUUUGGUCCAACUCGCAUGCAGUUUUUAUAGCGCUAUUUUUAAAGUUGGACAAAUAUUACUUUCAUGAGAAAUAAGCAGAAUCGGGUUCGGGCUGCCUUUGAUCGAUUAUCCCUUUAGUUCAGAAAUGUACAUAGUUAAAUUUCACCUCAUUGUCAUCAACUACCUUUGUGCAUGUUUAUUUCUUAAUAAAAAUUACUCAAGUAUUAAUUUUAAA